UUUGCGCAGUGGCAAAGUCCGAAUUCAAUGAGCUUUGGGUAUUUUCGUAUAGCUGGAAAUGAAAGGUUUUACGUCCAGGAUAAUCUGGGAUCACUUAUGCAUAACUUCGUCAAAAGGUUCGACCGUCUACUUUUGGGGAAGUACGACAAUGAUGAUGAAGGCAUUCUCCGCCUGGAAACUACGCUUCAAAUUCCGACGAUUGGAGGAUCAACAAUAAACCAUCGACUUGUGCUUGUUGGACUUGACGACAACAAAGGUCACUGGUCAAAUGAACCCGACUGGGCAGUUAACAUAAGUUACUCUGAUUUCCUGCAUGCAACGGAAUAUUUACAACUUAAUUGUUUUUCCGGCCACAUUGGCAUAUCGCAUGACCACAGCAGUUCGUUUAAUUUCGAUGCAAGUGGAUUCGUUCACUUCGGCUACAGACCCGGUGAUGUAGAGUUUCGAUUCGCUGUUGCACCUUGGACUGAGGAGCGGACUAUGUUUCACUACGGACGAUCAAAUUACGUGUACUUGGGAUCGAAGGUGUUUUACCAGCAACUCGGAGAAAGUGACGUGACACAAUACCAAUUAUCUGAUGCGUUGAGGCAAUUUCUUGGUGUGGACGCAAGUGUUGUUUUGAUCGGCGCAACUGGAAACAAAGUGCCAGAGAACCUCUACAUUCAGGUUCGCCGUUUUGAUGGGUUCGAGCUACAACAUUGCUGGCGACAGAAACAGUCAACUCUCGGUCCAAUCAAAAAAUUGCAUUUUCUUUUUCAACGUCCUGGAGAUCAAGACAAGCAGAAUGCAUCAGACCGCACAGAAUUGUUAUUUCUGUCAGAUUAUAAGAAUGCGACGACGACAUUUUGGCAUUUGAACGUGUUCACACCGUGGGGGCACAAUAUACAAGCAUCAGGUAGGUUACCAGUCAUCAACGCUAAUGCUUUCUCCUCAACUCGCUUGGCUGAAGCCACUAUGUGUGUGGGUCGUAAAUUAAGAGGGCCAAUUAAUCAUCCAACAGACGCAGCUCAUGGCAUUAUCCUAUCUAAUGUUCCACGGGUUUCCGUCCACUAA